GGACUUUUAUUUUGAAGGCCAAAGCUUGCAGCUGUGGCGAAUGUCAACACUGCCGGGCUAACGUCAGACCGCAUAUCCUGAACCAUGUCAGUGCGCAAAGCCUUGCUGAACCGCUGUGUAGCCGGUGGCCGCAGCAGGGUGUGGUGCGGUGUUCCUCGACCGCUUGUCCGCACCAGAUCCGCCAGUGUAGCUGAGGUAGGCACAAGAAGAUCUAAUAUGGAACAUCUCUGGGAGGCGGUGAGCUGCCUGCCGUUUUCCAGAUCCAGGAUAGGCUCGUUCUUCCAGGAAAGUCCUGUGCUGAGGAACCCAUUUCUAGAGGAUGCCUUGCUCAGAGGAUACCUGCGGAGACACCUGCCCCAGGAGGCAGUUCACUCAGACUUGUGUGCAUUUGGAGAGCGCGUGGUGAAUGAGGUGGACAGGUGGGGCAGAGAGUGCGAGGUUACCCCACCACGGUUGGUACACUUUGACCCCUGGGGUCGCAGAGUGGAUCACAUAGUGACCUCCCCGGCUUGGAAACGAAUGAAAGAUCUGUCAGCACAAGAAGGACUGGUUGCCAUUGGCUAUGAGAGGUCAUUUGGGGAGUGGAGUCGUGUGUACCAAAUGAGCAAGCUGUACAUCUUCUCUCCCUCCUCUGGUCUCUACACCUGUCCUCUGGCCAUGACUGAUGGAGCUGCUAAAGUCAUCCAGUCCAUAGGUGUUUCGUGGCCAGUAGACGAAGCUUACAGUCGUUUGACCACUCGUCAGCCUGAACGUUUCUGGACGUCUGGGCAGUGGAUGACAGAAAGACAGGGAGGAUCUGAUGUGGCCAGCGGCACAGAGACGGUGGCUGUUCCCCAAUCAGAUGGUUCAUACAAACUUCACGGCUUCAAGUGGUUCACCUCUGCUACAGACGCAGACAUGACUCUCACACUAGCCAGGGUGCAGGAGAACGGGGCAACCACGCCGGGUAGCAAGGGUUUGUCUCUGUUCUAUGCAGAGGUGAGUAGAGACAAGGACGGCCGGCUGAGGGGUAUAGAGGUUCAGAGACUAAAGGACAAGCUGGGCACACGACAGAUGCCGACUGCUGAGUUACUGCUGGACGGCCUGCCGGCACACAGGCUCUCGGAGGAAGGGAGAGGUGUGGCCUCCAUAGCUAAAAUGCUGACUAUAACCAGGAUCCACAACAGCAUCUCUGCAGCAGGCGCAAUGAGAAGGGUGGUUCAGUUGGCUCGUGACUAUGCCACUCGCCGCACUGCCUUUGGAAAGCUACUUGAAGACCACCCACUGCACAUGCAGACUCUCGCUAGGAUGGAGGUGGAGACUCGUGGAGCGUUCCUUCUGGCGAUGGACGUGUGUCGUCUGUUGGGCCGAGAGGAGGGUGGCGUGGCGACUGAACUUGAUACACACCUCCUUCGUCUGCUCACUCCUGUGGUCAAACUGUACACUGGGAAGCAGGCGGUUGCUGUGGUGUCGGAGGGUUUGGAAAGCUUUGGUGGACAGGGUUACAUCGAGGAUACCGGGUUGCCUGGACUGCUCCGCGAUGCACAGGUGCUUAGUAUUUGGGAAGGCACAACAAACGUUCUGUCUCUGGAUGUGCUGCGCUGUGUGGCUCGUAGCUCAGGAAUGGUUCUCCACGCUUACUUCACCCAUGCUAAGUCCCUGCUCGCAGGUUCAUCAAGCGUUUCCUCUUUGGCCCCAGCAGUGAACGCGGUAGAUGGUGCUCUCUCUGAACUGAAUAAGUUCAUUCAAGUAGCUGCUACCAGAGCACCCAGCUACCUGGAACUGGCAGCGAGAGACCUGGCAUACAGCCUGGCUCGCAUCUACACUGGUGCCCUUCUCAUCGACCAUGCUUGCUGGAAAGGAGCCUCUCCAUCUGACACCUAUGCAGCUCUCAGAUGGUGCGAACAGGAUUUGUGUCCUGUGGUGACUAAACAGGCGAGAGGCUGCUAUGAUCCCAGCACUCCACCGCUGGAUGCUGCACUAGUGUACGAGCAGCCAACCAAAGGCUGAAAACAGUUCACUGAAAACAGAUAAAUCCGUCACUUGAUCUGAUAUUUCUCUGCCUCACUUUAUCUCUACUCUACUUUAACUAACACUGUAUCCCGCGGUUAUUUGUGGGUAGCCGAGACCAUGUGAUUUUGCGUUUUCGAUAAUUACUCAUGUAUAUAAAGUAUUUGCAUUUUUGUCUGCAAUAAAUAUUGAACUAUGGGUUCACAA